UGUAUGUAGGUAUGUGUGGCUGCGCCCACCACCAGUUCAUAUUAUAAUAAAUCAGUGCAAAGCUAACCAGCGAUCGUUUCACUUGUCAACGCAGCUCCGUUCCGUAUAUUUAACAGUGGCGACGAACUACCCGCAACAAAAAAAAAAUAUUGUGCAAAAUGGCGAAUAUUAGUGCUCAGUUCGGGAUUUUAAAUAGUUUCGAUCACAAUACACACACAUGGAAAACGUAUAAAGGUCGUAUUGGGCAAUAUUUCGUAGCAAAUAAUUUUAAUGAAUCGACGGAUCCUGAGGGCAAGAGAAGAAAGGCGAUCCUGCUAAGCGCACUCACAGAGGGUACCUACAAGCUAGCAACGGACCUGACUUUACCCAAGGAAAUCGACGACGUGCCCUACGAAGAUUUAUUAAAUCUUUUAGACACUCACUUCACACCAAAGAGUGUCGGGUUUGGUGAGCGUCACAACUUUUACGCGGCCGCUCAACAAGUGGGUGAAACCCAUUCUCAGUGGGCAGCGAGAUUACGAGGUCUGACUGCAAAGUGUGGCUUCCUCAAUGUCGAAGAGGCGCUGCGCGACAAGUUCAUAAUGGGCAUGCUACCGGGACGAGAAAAAGAAGAGCUGUACGCAAAGGAUUUAGCCGGUCUCACGCUAGCCAAGGUCGUGGAGACCGCGGAGAACCAUGUCAGGGCACGGAGCGCCGCGGCCGCAAGCUCCGCCGCCGGCGGCGCCGGCCUAGCGAGCGCGUCCCAUGAUCAGUUGUUCAAGAUCUCAAACAACGGGAAUCGUGGAAGUGUAGGCAAAGUAAAGUGUAGUGUUUGUGGGUUUACGAAUCAUAAGUCCUCGGAGUGUAAAUUUGCAAAUUACAUUUGCAAAAAGUGUCACGUGAAAGGCCAUUUGCGUAAAAUGUGUUCUAAAGUGAAUUACGUAAAGGUGGAUUGCGGUGGCCAGGGUGAGGAUGACGAAAGCGAUGACGGUGAGCUUUAUUACAUUCGUUCAUUUAGGGGUGCACCCAUGGUAGAAACAGUUCUAAUUAAAAAUAGACCGUUUCAAUUUGAAAUAGACAGUGGGUCAACAGUAACUGUAGUGUCGGAGGUCUUGUAUAAAACUCAUUUUAAAGAUGUGCCGUUAUCCAAUACUAUGAAACAGCUGAUGACGUACAAUGGAAAGAAAAUUGAAUGUGUAGGUAUAUUUCGUUUGCCGAUAAGUUAUGCGGGACAAACUCACGUUAUUGUCUUUUAUGUAAUACGUGACGGAGGCCCGCCUCUUCUGGGUAGGGAUUUUAUAUCAGCGUUUAAUUUGCAAUUGGUACCGGUGAAUUUUUGUGUGGAUUCUGUACCACCUGUUGAAUUGUUGCAACAACAAUAUUCAGAGCUGUUUUCGGACAAAUUAGGCACUUUUAACAAGUACAAAAUUAAGUUGUUGUUGAAAGAUAAUGCUAAACCGGUUUUCUGCAAGGCACGUCCCGUCGCAUUCGCUUUGCGCGAUAAGGUCAAUCACGAAAUUGACAGGUUGGUCCGGUUAGGUAUUAUUGAGCCUGUCGAGCACUCAGAAUACGCAUCUCCGAUAGUUCCAGUUCUUAAAAAGAAUGGGUCAGUCAGAUUGUGUGCCGAUUACUCUAGAACUAUAAACAAACAGCUGCAGGUGGAAAAAUAUCCACUUCCCACAACUAGUGAACUGUUUUCUAAAAUACAUGGGGGUCAACACUUUAGUAAAUUAGAUUUAUCUAUGGCAUAUAACCAGUUUGUUUUAGAUAACGAGUCAAAAAAUCUUACUUGCAUAAAUACAAACCGUGGGUUAUAUACUUUCUCUCGAUUAGUAUUUGGGUUAGCCAGCGCACCCUCCAUUUUUCAACGCGCAAUCGAAGGGGUGCUUUCAGGUCUAGAUGGCGUAUUAUGUCUAUUAGAUGACAUUUUGGUCACUGGUAAGGACUGGAAGGAGCAUCUUGAAAGGCUGAAUGCUGUGCUGAAGCGGCUGCAGGACGCAGGCCUUACAUUACAAAAAGAAAAAUGUAGAUUUUUUCAGGAUAAAGUUCAUUAUCUUGGCUAUAUCAUUACGAAAGACGGGUUGAAGAAAGCACCGGAAAAAAUUAAGGCCAUGGUUGAAGCACCAGUUCCGAAAAAUGUUAGUGAGUUGCAGUCAUUCCUAGGGCUCAUAAACUAUUAUAGGAAUUUUGUACGAAAUGCAUCCGCAAUCCUCAGUCCUUUAUAUGAAUUAUUGAAAAAGGGUUGUAAAUGGGACUGGAAUGAAGUUCAUGAUACGGCAUUUCGAGAAAUUAAAAAAGUUAUGACAUCGGAACAGGUUCUUACACAUUUCGAUUCAAGUGCGACGAUCAUUUUAACCGUCGACGCUUCUCCUAAGGGGUUGGGAGCUAUUCUUUCUCAAAUAGGUAAAGACGGUGUAGAACGACCCUUAUCUUUCAUGUCGCGUACGUUAAAUGCGGCGGAAAGGCGAUAUGCUCAAAUACAGAAAGAGGCAACUGCAAUAAUUUAUGGCGUGCGACGAUUCCAUCAAUAUUUGUAUGGCAGAAGCGAACCUUUCAUAUUACGAACGGACCACAAGCCACUUCUGUCCAUUUUCGGGCCACAUAAGGGCAUUCCAGAGAUGUCUGCAAAUAGAUUACAACGGUACGCUUUGUUUCUGAGUAGCUAUAACUACAAAAUAGAAUACGUUCGCAGCGCUGAUAACAGUGCGGACUACCUGUCGCGCGCGAGCCUGCCGAGAGAAGUGCACGAGUGCGCGUGCACCGAACAAUGCAAGUGCUGCGAUUGCGAGGUAGCAUAUGACCGGGCGACCUAUGUCUGUUUCGUAGUAGACGGCAGCAUGCCCGUCACUUUACACAGAUUACGCGAAGAAACAAAAUCGGACAUAGUCUUACGUCUAGUCAUUAACUGCAUUAUGAAAGGCUGGCCGCCUAAAGUUGAUGAUAUUCGGUUAAAACCGUAUCAUUUGUGUAGAUCACAACUGUCUUAUGAGAAUGGAUGCGUAAUGAGAGGUCAUAAGGUCGUCAUCCCCGCGAGUUUACACCAGACAAUGUUAAAAGAAUUACAUUCGUCGCAUUUAGGUAUAGUUAAAACAAAGGGCGAGGCUCGUUCUAGAUUUUGGUUUCCAGGAAUUGACCAAGCGGUGGAAACCAUGAUAGGUACGUGUGAUGUGUGCAUUCAGUUGCGCCCCUCGCCGCCCCGCGCCCCGCUGACUCCGUGGGAGUACCCAGCUCGAUCAUUUGAUAGAAUUCACAUAGAUUUCCUUGGUCCAAUUAAAGGUUGUGUAUACUUAGUAGCAGUAGACGCACAUACUAAGUGGGUAGAGGUAUACAAUAUGAAAACGUCCACGUCAUCAGCGGCAGUGAUUUUAAAAUUAUGUGAAUUUAUGUCUAGAUUCGGUGUUCCUAAAACGAUUGUUAGUGAUAACGGCACAGCUUUUUGUUCGCGGGAAUUUGAGUUGUUUUGUUCAACAAACGGGAUUUCGCAUAUGACGUCACCGGUCUACCACCCGUCGAGCAACGGCCAGGCCGAAAGUUUUGUAAAAAUUGUGAAAAGGGGAAUAAAGUCGUGUCUUUUGUGGGAUCUCAACGCGGGGGAUACGUGGACAAAAUUACUGAAAUACCUAAUGGAUUACCGUAACUCUGUUAACACUACCACGGGGCUGUCUCCGGCUCAACUGGUAUUCGGUCACAAGUUAAGAUCUAGAUUAGAUUUGAUUGAUCCAAACUCAUCGGCACCCUCGCCACCGCCGUCGCCUGAUAUAAUAAAUAACCAACAGUGUACACGAAAUAAGGAAGGGAAAACCAGAGUUAAAAAAUUAAAGAAAAACGACAUUGUACUGUACAAAAAAUUUAUUAAUAAAACAAAGUAUACAUGGUGUAAAGGAAUCGUACAGAAAAAAUUAGGAAAUGUUCUAUAUUUAGUGAAAGAUAUCGAUAGUUCGGAAAUGUAUAAAAGACACAUAAAUCAAUUAAUGUUGUACAAAGGGACUAGUAACAAUUAUUGGGACUCGGUACAUAGUUCAAAUGUAAACUUACCUGUUGCGUCACCGCCGCCGCCGCUGCCGCCGCCACAGUCGCCUCCGCCGCCGCCGCCGCCGCCGUCUUCGCCGCUGUCGUCUCUUACACCGCUGUCCUCGUCGGAACCAUUAUCGCUGUCUCCCGAAUCACCGGAACCCCAGGUUGAACUCCCAUCACCGAAUAUUGCUUCACAGUCAGCCAGUGGAAGGAGAGCCGAACUGUAUGUGCCGAGCGAUUCUCCAUGGUCGGGAGAGGACGAAUAUGCGAGCGGAACUCUACAGAGGGACGAUGAGAUGCUAGCUGAUUCCGUCUGCGCUACUGCGAGACAAUCGAAUUCCGACGAUGAGUUCUACGAAGCGGAAGCCGAAGUCGAUACCCGGGACAAGCCACAGGGUCCCGGAGUUGUACCAAAAAGAUUGUUACGCCCACGUCCCAUUGUGUCUUAUAAAAAGUACUUUUAA